GAUCACUAGAAACAAAUCUUUUGUCAAACCCAUUAAACCAAAAUCAAAACCCUUCUCAAUUCUCAAUUCCCUUUCAUAUUUUCAUCAACCAUUCUCUUAUGCGAAGAUUCAGUUAGGGUAAGAGUGACGCCGAACGAUCACAACUAUGGCAACUCCGGCCGACGCUCCGUCGAGUUCUGCCGAAGAAAACCUCCAAACUCCAGCUCCAUGGGUACAACCGCCAACUGUCGAUGAUCGCGAAGAUGUUAAGAUUGAGGGUGUAACGGAGAGUUCUCCCACUUCUGUAUUUGUGAACUCGGAACCGAUUCGAGAAGAGCAAGUGCAAAAUGCUGUUAAGUUUCUUUCACAUCCAAAAGUAACGGGAUCUCCAGUUAUGUAUAGAAGAUCAUUUCUCGAGAGGAAGGGACUCACGAAAGAGGAGAUUGAUGAAGCCUUUCGCCGUUUUCCGGAUCCAACCCCGAAUGUUACAACGACAGAGCCAGUUGUCAGUAGUCGAGAUGGGCAGGCAAAAUCUUCAUCAAACAUUCGGCCUGAAACUGCAACGCAAGUACUGCAGUCUAAUCUAGUUGUACCUGUUGGCCGCUCGAAAAUGGGGAUAGUCUCUCGAUUCCAUUGGUCUCAUGCUUUUCUUGCUUUAGGGUUUUUAGCUGCAUCAGGGGCAGGAACUGUCGUAAUUUUCAAGAACGCAAUCGUUCCGAGAUUCAAGUCGUGGAUUCGCAAGGUUGUAUCAGAAGAAAACGAGGGUUUGCCAAGGAAAAACAAUGGGAAACCGAGUAUAGCAGAAGAAGCUGCUGCUGCUGCGAAAGCUGCGGCUGACGCAGCUGCUGACGUUGCUCGAGCAAGCCAGCAGAUGUUGAUGACAAAGAGUGAAGAGAAGAGAUGCCUUGAGGAGCUCAUUGCAAUGUUAACCACACAGGUACACGAGAUGAAAUUAAUGCGUAACAGCAUAAAGAGGUUGGAAGACGGACAAAGUAUAAGUGGAAGAAUUGCUGCAGCUCAACAGGAUGAACGAAGGGUCUUCCAGAACUCUCCAUGGGCGAAUCCUCCUCUUGUACCAAAAUCAAAGUCUUGGGAAGUUGGUCAACCCCAGGUCAACUCCACCAACAUUCUUCAGACUCGAGGUAAACAGUCGAACGCCGAGGAGGCUUCGUCUUGGUGGCAAAGGAAAAAUGUCAGAAUAACGGAUGGAAAUCAUAAUAAUGAACGGCCAGUUCAACGGUCGUGGGUCCCACCUAGGCCACCCCCCGUUGCAAUGCCUGAAGCAGCUGCAGCCAUAAGGCAUCGAAACAAGCCAUCAAAUGAUGAAAACGAAGGAAAAAUAAUUGGUGACCAAUUACGAAAAUCUACUCCUUCUCCAGAUGUAACUGAUGAGUUGCAGAUGAUCACGAAAAUCUCCGAGUCUGGUGGGCCCGAGGAAGUUAAUGGCGAAACUUAAUACAGGUAAUUCUGCACUUGUUGAAUUCAGCAUUUCACACGAAAGAAGUGAAUGCUUUGUAUCUAGAUUAGUUAAGUACUCUGGCAGGAUCAAGUGCAAAUAGUUGCGUUUUUGGUUGUAAUGGAAUGUCCAUCUCGUAUGUUGUGAUCGAUUGUUGACUCAUACAUCAAAUCAUCUUCGAUCUU